AUGCGCUCCUCAACAUUCCUUUCCGUCGUCGCCGGCGGCUUCCUGGCUCAGCUGGCGUCCGCCUCCGCCCUCGGCCGCAGACAGGCAUCCAACACGACCGCGUGCGCCACAAGCGUCCACAUGAUUGUCGCGCGCGCCUCGACCGAGAUGCCCGGCCAGGGCAUCAUCGGCGCCGUAGCGACCAAGGUGCAGAACGCCAUGUCGGGCUCCGACUCGGAGGCCGUCGUCUACCCCGCGACCCUGACCGACUACCAGGCCAGCGAAGCCUCCGGCGUCGCCGCCAUGACGAAGCUGAUCGAGGAGUACACGGCGCGGUGCCCCGACACCAAGAUCGCGCUGAUGGGCUACUCGCAGGGCGCGCAGGUCGUGGGCGACGUCCUGUGCGGCACGAGCCAGGCGAACUUCAACACGACGAAGCCAAUCGCGGAGAAGUACCAGAAGAACAUCGUAGCAGUCAUUCAGAUGGGCGACCCAUCACACAUGCCGAACUUCCCCCAGGACGUCGGCAACGCCACCAAGGCAGGCAUCUUCCCCCGGCCCGACACCGCCGCGUGCAAGAAUCUGGAGCCCAUGACCAAGGCCUACUGCAACGCCGACGACCGCUUCUGUGACUCGGGAAACAGCGUCCCCGUGCACCUGGCGUACGUGCAGAACUUUGGGACGCAGGCCGCCGAUUUCGUCAUGAAGAUGGUCAUGGGAAACUCGACCAUGUCGACAGGGACCGGAUCCGGGACGGCGACUACGUCGUCCGGCAGUACGCCUAAGGGAUCAGGCAGCCCUAGUGCGACCGCCACCGCCAAGCCCACGACGAAUGGUGGUGCCGAGAGGGCGGGAGUCAACAGUGCAGCGGCCUGGAUCGCCGCGCUGGUGCUGGGAGUAAUCUUGUAUUUGUGA